AAAAAAAACAAACGUCAAUUUCUUACAAAGAAAAGAAAAGUUCACAAAUUUAUUAACCUUCAUAAAAAAAAAUAAUAAUUUUCUUUCAAUAAAAAUAACUAAAUUAAUUUGUUUCUAUAUUAAUUUAACUAAAUAAAAUGUCGGUGCGACACGACUGGUAUCAAUCCGACUCAAAAGUCGUCAUCACAGUUCUAUUAAAAAACGCAAUCGAAAAAAACUAUUCCGUUCACAUCGAACGAGAAAAAAUCACUAUGAAAGCGGACAACUAUGAACUUGAGCUAAAUUUGUAUCGUCCAAUAGUUCCAGAAAAUUCAUCGCACAAAAGCACCUCUGCCAAGGUAGAAAUAUCCUUGGCAAAAGAGUGCGGCGAACGCUGGGACAGUUUGGAAAUGAAAAAUGUUCCCAUUGUGACUGCACCUCCACCAAUUCACAAACAGAAUUGGGAUAAAAUUGCCAAAGAAGUUGAAAAGAGCGAGGAAUCCGAAGCCCAAAGUGAAGAAGCUCUCAAUCAAUUGUUUAAGAAAAUUUACAGCAAUGCAUCGCCCGAAGUUCAAAAGGCAAUGAACAAGUCAUUCUCUGAAUCGGGUGGAACUGUUCUUAGCACAAAUUGGGAUGAAGUUAGCAAGGCUAAAGUGGAUGUCAAACCUCCAGAUGGCACCGAGUUCAGGAAGUGGGAUUAAAGGGGAUAUUUUCGUUUGUUAAAAUAUUUUGAAAAUACUUAGAAUAUUUAUUAAUAUAUGACGGUUUAGUUUAUAAGAAUUAUCGCGAUUUGGUCCGCACACAUUUAUCAGCAAAAGCAAAAUAUUGUUUGCACGGCCUGAUUAAAAUGAAUUGUAAACUUUAUUUUUAUUUAUUGCAAUGUACGCUUGACAAAAUUAUUAAGUACAUUAAUGUAAGCCCGUCAUUGUUUUCAGCAAAAUAAUAAAGAAAUUAUUACAAAUUUUA